CAAAAGAUGGUGGAUCGUUUGGCAAACAGUGAAGCAAAUACCAGACGCAUAAGUACAGUUGAAAAUUGCUUUGGAGCAGCUGGUCAACCCCUCACUAUACCUGGGCGGGUGCUAAUUGGAGGAGUAUUGACUAAGUUGUGCAGAAAGAAGCCUAAGGCAAGGCAGUUUUUCCUCUUUAAUGAUAUUCUUGUAUAUGGCAACAUUGUCAUCCAAAAGAAAAAGUACAACAAACAACAUAUAAUCCCCUUAGAGAAUGUCACCAUGGAUUCCAUCAAAGAUGAAGGAGAAUUAAGGAAUGGGUGGCUUAUCAAGACACCAACUAAAUCAUUCGCAGUGUAUGCUGCCACCGAGAAGUCAGAAUGGAUGAAUCACAUAAAUAAAUGUGUUACUGAUUUACUCUCCAAAAGUGGGAAGACACCUAGUAAUGAGCAUGCUGCUGUCUGGGUUCCUGACUCUGAAGCCACUGUGUGUAUGCUCUGUCAGAAAGCAAAAUUUACACCUGUUAAUCGUCGUCACCAUUGCCGAAAAUGUGGUUUUGUUGUUUGUGGGCCUUGCUCUGAAAAGAGAUUUCUUCUUCCAAGCCAGUCUUCUAAGCCUGUGCGGAUUUGUGACUUCUGCUAUGACCUGCUUUCCACCGGGGACAUGGCCACGUGCCAGCCCACUAGAUCAGACUCUUACAGUCAGUCACUGAAGUCUCCUUUAAACGAUGUAUCUGAUGAUGAUGAUGAUGACGAUGAUGACAGCAGCGACUAAGAACAUGUUUUGAAAUAUUUAAUUGGGCUUGACUAUUUGAGAAAUCAGCUGUGGCGGAAAUGUCAAAUUCUUUGCUCUCAGUUACUCUAACCGCGAAUUUGCCUGAGAAACUUUGAACCUAUGUGCCUCUAUCUCUGAUAGAAAGUAGGCCCCUUGCCUUCUGCUCCUUCCUGGGCUCCAACAGAGAUACAUUGUUGUUGGGAUAAUGUUUUGGUUUCUUGUUUAUUUCUAGAUUAUUUUCUUAUAAA